GUCAGCAGCCGCAGCAUGUCCGUCCGGCCUCUCCUCCGCUGGCUCCUUCUGUUGGCAGGUCAAGCUUCAGCCUUGACGGCGACCCCGGAGGGACUGAGGGUGAGACAGUCUCCCCCGUCUCUCAGCGUGAUGCGGGGUGAGACAGCAACCCUCUCCUGUCAUUUCAAAGUCCAAUCCCUCAAGUAUGGAGUUCAGUGGUUCAGAAUGAAGUCGGAAAAGCAGCUCAUCCCCAAGUCAUCCAGACACAUCGUGGUGGAGAAGAAUCAGAUCUCCUCCCUGGUGAUCCCUCGGGUCACGCUGGAGGAUUCUGGGUGGUAUUACUGCGAGGUGAACGUCCUGCAGAAGGACCCCGAGCUGGGAAACGGCACCGAGCUGGUCGUUUUAGCUUCACCUUCUGCUCCCAGACUCUUCCUCCAGAUUCCCUCAGACCCUCAGACCGGGCAGUGGGCUCUGCUCUGUGUCACCGGGGGAUUUCACCCGAGCGUGCUGAGCCUCACCUGGACGUACCAAAGCACGGCAGCCGAUGCCGAACAGCUGUCAGUCACCAACUGCACCCUCCCUGCCAACCGCGCCGCGUCCGGCGUGUCUGAACAUCCGGCCGGCCGGUUGGUGAGUUCCGCCCCGUCAGACCUCCCGAGAUGCUUCCAGAUCGCCGACGGGAACCGACAAGAGACGUACCUGUUCAGUGGUUUUCUCCUCCCAAAGAAGGAAUCCUUAAAAACAGGGAUGAUCUUCACAUGUGGUGUGCAGGACCACCCGGCCAUGACCGGCGCCCUGACCGCCUCCUUCACCUGGGGUAGGGAAAUCUGA